UCAGGAGAAUCGGGAAACGAUUAUUCGGAGGGAUGCGCUAAUUUGCGCUGCGAGAACGGCAGUCAAUGCGUGAAACGGCGGUUUUGGUGCAGAGAUCCACCCUGUCCCGGGAUGUUGUUCUGUUCCAAGUCGAGGAAAGAAUUGUUAAAAGGACCUCCAACGUGCGAUACCGUUCGUUGCAACAAAGGGCAUAUGUGUGUCAUUAAAGUCCGAGGAUGUAAUUGGGAUGAAUGCAAGCAGCAAUUAGCGCGCUGCGUAUCGGAAAAGGAAUAUUACGAGGGCGCAGCUUCCUGCGCCGGCUUUGAAUGCCCGUCAGGGGAACGUUGCAUCUUGCGGGAAACAUAUUGUGUCAAUCCACCCUGUAAACUCAUCAGAAGCUGCAGAAAUGCGGAAGACGUACAGACUUGGUUCGACAAGUGCAAAAGUUUGAAUUGCACCUCGGAAUACGAGUGCUUUUUGCGAAGACCAGAAGGCAAUUGUCUCGAUUUGUGGUGUACGCAUACGCCCGAUUGUACGCUCACCGUCGAAGACGAGCUAAUUAGCAAGUAUUGCUACGGCUGGAUGUGCCCACGGGAGCAAAAGUGCGUGGUGCGGAUUUUAAAUUCGUGUAAAGGUUUUAAUUGCACCAUCGAGCGAUCGUGCCGCGCGUCUUCAGUCUCGUCGGCUAAACGCGACGCGAACAAUGAGGUCGUCGAGCAAUCCCCAGCCAGAAGGGCCUUGGUGCAAACCGAUAGGGAGUUGGAAAGAAAAACAGACACGCGGACAAAUUAUCCAAUCGCAGGAAAGAAGACGACUUUGCCGGUGACUUCAACGCGGAGACAAAAUACACGUCAUACAACUCCUGCAAAGCAUAGGACGGAAGUUUCGCCGACUCAUCGGCGGAUCGCAACAACGGAAUCAAAUUUAAUCGCAGAACCUUUAGGCUCAUCAACGAGCAAGCCAUAUAUGACGCAGCUUUAUCCUCGAUCUCGAUUGAAUAACAAUAAACCUUCGGCAACAGACGGAGACAAAGUUUUCCAGAGCUCAACUUCCCCGGCAACUUUGUUCAACGAUGGAAAAACCGAGUCAACUAUGUCGCGCGACAUGGAGAGGCCAGAAGCGCCGAGGGAAAUCUACAUAGCGACCGACGCGUUGCCCCUUCCCAUGCGGGACGUUAACUUCUUGCAAGGUUACCCGAUCUGGAUAAGGAACGAUCCGUAUCAUACGUUGAAAGCGAAGGACGAAGACGGAUGGAGCUAUCACGCGCCGCAAGAACCGUACAGGAUUUUAUUGCCGCCGUACGAGCCGGUGAUCGUUGUCGAAGACGCGAGGAGAAAAUUUCUACCAUUCUUUACCGACGCAUUCUUCACUGACCUUUUUAACAAGGCGACUUUAAUGCCUCUGCCAGAAGUGGCAGCCGCAGAUACCGGAGAAUCAAAAACGGAUACCUCGACAAUUGUAGACGAUAAAAUUGCUAAUUAUACAAAUAAUUCCAAGAUUAUCGGGACAGAAAACACCAAGACGUAUCAUUUCCAUGACUCGUCCAACGAUCAUGUAAAUUUCCCGAUGACGGAAAAGACAAAUACUGCUUCAACGAGUACUCGCAACAAAGAAAUGGACAAUUAUUACGACGACUACGAAUGGAAACCGUGGUAUGUGAUUCACGACUAUCCAGAACGAAACGAGCCGCAAUCGAGCCACGAGCGAGGAUCCAAAUCAAGAAUCGCCGAUCUCGCAACGGAUGAUUUGUGUAAGAAUGAUUCCGAUGGUGUCACUUUAGAUCGCGUUAUGUUAAAGCAAAAUAAGAGAAACGUAAGAAAAUGAAAGGGAGAAAUAAUUUAGAAAGCGAUGUAGAAUAGAGAAAGAAAUUCAAAGCUCUAUACAUUAAGAAAAAAUGUGCGAUAUUUGCGACUGCAAUAUAAAAUAAAAUAAAAUUAAAAAUUAAGUCAAAAAUAUCUGGUUAAUUGCUGCAACUAUUUUCUUCUCUCGGUGUACGAUGUAAUGAAGGGACACGCAGAUCCAAUCGGAAAUAAAAUGAACCGAAAUCGCAUAAAUACGAUUUUAAUGUUUAAUAGCCCGAGUACAACGUGCCAUUGAUGUUUGCAGAUGAGAAUGGUGCGUCGGCCGAUGCAGAAAUAUCCGCGAGAGGCCAAAUUGCGAACGAGGAGAGAAGCCGAGUUUCUGAAAGUCCAUCUGCUUCAACGCCAGCUACAGCGCCCGGGACCUCGAAAAAUUCUCCAAUCUUGUGAAUUAUCCCCGUGACGCGAUAUCCGUUCGUCACGUUGGCAAAUCGAGCCGCGAUCGCCUUCGGGACGAGGAACCUCGGACGUUUCGUUGAGCGAGGAAGGAAGUACAGGUGCACGACUCGCAAACGACGACGCCCCCGAUAUUUUUACCCGGUUCCGAAUUUCAGUUUUUCAGUAUAAAAUAUUACAAUACGUUCAUCUGCGAGGCGCGCACCGUCUCAUUACACUUGUAACAACAAUACAUGAGAAGCAACGAGAACGCGGCGAGGCGACGUGGCGCGAUGGAUAUGCUGGAUAUUCCGGAGUCACGAGAGCUAUGACAACAUCAACGGCAUCGAAAUGACGGGAUCGUGAUGGGAAAAACGGUGCCGUUCUGAUCGAGUGCGAAAUUUAUGGGCGCUUUUUAUCACCUCCCCGUCGUCGCCUUUCCUUUUCCCUUCCUUGGCGUGAUUUUAGAAAACGAAAUCGUUCCGUUCGUUCGUACAAUAAAUGCUUCCGCGAUUAUUAGCCCGGGGGUAGAGUAAGCAAAUAUACAGGCGAGAAAUUGCAGCAUUUCGCGUACUUUCAAGAAUGGUGUCAGGCCUAUAUGUGUGUGUGUGUGCGUCCGCGGGAAAUGAAUUUAUCCCUCACGAAUAUCGUUUCUCCUCACGUUCAGAUUAUAUCAAGGGAAUUAACCGAGUGCGCCGCACUUGGCUUUGUAUCUUUCACUCCACUUUUCUACGGGAUUUCAAUUAGGAACGUGUUUUGGGCAACGUGUACCGUAUUGGCAAUUAAAUUAAAUUAUUAUCUAACUCGA